UUUGUUGGGUAGCAGACAAAAUUUCAUGUAAACAAGAAUGUCAUUUUUCGCUUUAAAGCUAGUUUUCACGUGAAAUUACUCAAAAAUGAGAAGUGUAUAUCAUAUAUUUGUAGCAUUACAGUAUUUUUUCUUAAAAGAAAUUCUCGCUUAUCAGUUUAAGGAAAAUACCAACGAUCCAAUAAUCACUGGUAUUAUUGCUGCUUUUGGAUAUUUCAAUUCAGACGCGUAUACGGAUGUAUUUACUUUGCAACGAGGAUAUAUAUUGCAAGUUUUACUUGGAAGUGAGAACGGUCAGUUUCAACCUGAGCCUCACAUCAAUUGCUCGUUUGGAAGGGUUAUAACUAGUGUUGUACCUGGUGACUUUAAUGGAGAUAAUUUUAUGGAUAUUUUGGUGACGCUGUCCCACGAGAAUGACAUAAAUGAUGUGAUGGUUCUAUGGGGUAACAAUAACAGCGUUGAUUGCAAGGCACACUUGUUAUUUAGUCUGACAAGUCAGCCUGUGAUAGCCGAUUUUAAUGGUGAUAUGAUUCCUGAUAUUAUAGGUGAAGUCGGGGUUGGCCAGAGGUAUGCCUGGAUUUCUUCUUUUGAUAAAAGUUUUAAAAAUCAUAGCAUAAAAUCGGACCAAAAUUUUCGAAAGCCUCAUUCUUCAGGAUUGGGAGACUUCAACAAUGAUUUAGCUUCUGAUAUUUUAAUCACGGGAGAAGAUUACAUGGAGUUAUGGUACAAUACUGGCACAGGAUACAUCAGGAACGGUAGUUUGCCCUAUCCGAAGGUCAGUUGGCUGCAACAUAUUUUUCCUCAACAAUCUACUUUUGUUGACAUCAACCUUGAUGGAGUUUUAGACCACAUUAUGCCUGUCUGUUAUGAUAGUAAUUGUUUGACUUCUGCAAUUUACAUCAGGAGCUCAAAUGCAUUAGAAUGGAGGAUUUUGUUUGAUGAUUUUAACUAUGGUGAAAGUUACUGGCAUUUCCGGAAACCUACUGGAUCUCCUUUAGAGAUUGCUGCACUUCCAGUCACUCUCAGAGCUGGUGAUAUCGAUAUGGAUGGCUAUCCAGACUUUAUUACUGUUUUACAAUCAAAAUCAAACCCUUCUAUUAAUAAAGCUGUCAUUUUUAACAACAUUCAGUGCUCAAAUUGUAGUGAUUGUACUCAUGAAAGAUGCUUGAAGAUAGAUUGGGAAGUUGCUGGUUUGAAAGAUAUUGUCGAUAUUCAAAUCGCUACUUUCUUCGAUAUAUCUGAAGAUGGAAUAAUGGAUGUUGUUGCUUCAUCAAAGACUAAAGGAGAUUGGAAAAUCCAUGCAUUGAAAAACAUUGAGCCAUCGGAGUCCUGUUUUAUGAAAGUAUUGGUACACAGUGGCCUACCUCUACUUGAUACUAAAACUGAAACCCCUUAUGGCGUGAAUCAACCUGGUCCUAUGGUGCGAUACAAUUUAACUAAAGAAGAUGGGGAGCGUGUAGUGGGCUGUUCAAUCCAGAUGUCUCAGUCUGCUCAUUUUCCUCUUCAGUUACCGUAUUCGAUAUUUGGUUUGGGACAAACUCCUAAUUUUAUCGAUGCUUUGACUGUUGCCAUUCCAGCAAAAUUCAAAAAAAAUGUUCAUAAAAAGGAAUGGAAUCAAAUAAUUCCUAAUUCCCAAAUAAUUGUCAUUCCAAACCCACCACAAGAUGAAGAAAAAUGGGUGAGAAAACUGUUUGUUACUCCAAGCAAAUUUGUAAUUUAUACUUGUAUCGCCCUCACAGGAACUUGUAUAUUUAUUUCUUUGAUUGUGGCCCUGCUACAUUGGAAAGAAAGAAAAGAAGAUAAGAAAGAAAAAAUGCAAGAUGCUUACAGGUUCCACUUUGAUGCUAUGUAAAUUUUUUAAAAUUGUAUUUAAUUUUACUGAAAUAUUUUCAAGUGUCAGAGACAAGUAAUUGCUCACCGAUGUUUAUAUUUGCAAUGCUAAACGUUUUAUAAAUUGUGUUGAAUGAAUAAAUAUUUUCUAUG